UCUCGAAAAAAACGCCCCUUCCACGCUUGAGUCGCCGCGUCUGCAGCAUUCGUGUCUGUCCUUACACGCACCAUGCCAGAUCUUGAGAGAGUGCACCGUUUUCGUGAGCACCCCAUCGCAGGCGUCAACUGGCGACCGACUCGCUUUGUCGCCGAGGUUCCCAGUUCGCGUGUAUGCGGCCUCUGUCGCAUGAUUCCGAAGAGGAUUGUGCUGUUGCCAUGCGAGCACACUUUGUGCCAGUCGUGCUACGCAGCAAGUUGGCAAGGUUGCAGCGGGCUGUGUCCCUUGGAUCAAGAGCCGUUCGAGGAAGCGGAAUGCUCGGACUGUGACUUGCCUACCAGGAAAUGGAAUGCUUUGAAGGUUUACUGCUGGAACGAAAGUCAUGGGUGCCAGUUUUCGGGCACCAUGGAAGACAUGCUUCGACACUACGAGACUGAAUGCACCUUCCACUUAGCGGAAUGUUUACGAUGCGGCGAGCCAGUCCUGCACAAGGAACUGGCCGGGCACUACGUGGCAGGAUGCAGUGUCACUGGCUCUACAGCCGGCCCUGGGAAGACUCCAUCGAAAUCUAGAGCCCUGACCCUGGAGGACGUCACUGCUGCCUUUGAGGAAAUGAAGUCGCUCUUGAAUGACUCCAACAGCGACGAGCUGCUGCCUGUGAUUCAGAGUCAGGUGAACGAACUCAAGGAACAAGUCGGGAAACAAGAAUCCACGCUCGCCGAGAUCACUCGCGAGGUCGGGGAACGCGUAAGGUCCCAAGAGGCUCAAGUCGCGGCGAGUACGUCAUCGUCCACGUUCCAGCUGGAACGUGCUUCUGGGCGGGAUCGCAUCAACCAGCAUGGCAAGUCGGCGUCAGAGAACCUGGUAACGCCACGAGAGCUUGGCAACUUUCCGAAUUUGCCGGCAGACGUACUGCUGGGCAUGCGGAAAACUUCGGGGGAGGACUAUCCGCAGCAUUUCAUUGAGAUCUACGGUGGCUCGACAGUUAAAGGUAGUUUAUACCUAAGAACGCAGUCCUCGAAGAUGCGUACGUGGAGGGAAGUUUUCGGAAACAUAAGAUAUUGCCUCGACUUCAUAGACGCUGGUUAUAUGAUAUAUGCGGGCGACUCGAGGAUUGCACAGAUCGCAGUGUUGCCCACGAGUGAUGCUUACUUCACAGUUGAAGUCUGUAAUUGUUAUAACUAUAUUCGUGUACGUAUUAAGUUUGAAGGGUUAUUUGGAGACUCAUGUGCGGCACCUUUUUUUUACGUCAAAGUGUACUGCUGGAGAAGAUUGCGCAUGGUUUCGAUGGCUUGCUACGAAUGGGAGUGCGUCUGUAAACAUAUUGAAGACACUCGCGCACAUUGUCACUACGAAUUUCGUUUCCCAAAUGACUGCGACGACUCAAAUGAUUACAUCAAAGACGCAAAUAUGAUAUUCGAAAUCGAUAUGUCACGCAACUUCACGUGAAACUUGCAGCGAUUACGAGGCACUUGAAUUUGCAAGAGUUGCGCUUCAGUGGUCGUGUCUUCUGUUUCAUUCGUUGGCUCAAUAGUUUCGUGCGUUAGAGUCCAUGCGACAGCGAAACGUCAACAUUAAGUCAAGAGUUUAUUUGCUCGUUUGUUUUUCGCCUAAAACAGCUUGGUUCAUACCUACAAGGAGAAUUGGUCACACUGCCAUCGGUACGAAUGGUGCUGCUAUCGCUUCGUUUUUUUUUUCAUUUUUAGAAUGGAGUUUUACGCCUGCUUUGUGAGAGAGAGAGAUAAUAAAAUGAGGGAAAGACAGGAAUGUUAAACAAAAAUUGGGGCAUCCUAUUCGCUGCCGUGCACUAAGGAAAAUAGGGAAUAGAGAAGGAAGAUGAGGAAAAAAGGCGAUGGGCAAUUUUAUUUAGCCUGAUUGGCGAAGUUAUUAUUCAAGUGUCAGGCUCAAAUAAAGUAUU